AUGUAUGGUCAGUGGUACCUCCAUUCCCUAAAUCCGGCCGACCUUUAUAGGCUCUUGCACAAGGCUAGUCGCAGAGGAUUCUCAAGAAUGUUAGGCAGUCUUGACUGCCUGCAUUGGGAAUGGAAGAACUGCCCCACUGCUUGGGCAGGCCAGUAUACCGGCUACAACCAUAAGCCAAUUGUCGUUCUAGAGAUAGUGGCCUCGUAUGACACUUGGAUAUGGCAUGCCAUUUUUGGAGUUGCUGGAUCGAACAAUGAUAUCAACAUCCUAGCUCGUUCUCCGUUGUUCAAUGAUGUAGUCAAUGGAGUGUCUCCCCAUAUCCAAUAUGUUGUCAAUGGAAAUGAAUACAAUCUGGGUUAUUACUUGGCUGAUGGUAUCUACCCUCGUUGGGCUACAUUGGUUAAGACGAUUUCCCAACCGAAUACUCCAAAAAAAAGAGUAUUUUCCCAAAAACAAAAGGCUUAUAGGAAGGAUGUCGAAAGAGCCUUUGGAAUACUUUAG